AUCACCAAGCCGCGCGGAAGACUUGGCGGUACAGUCAACAACGCCGACCUAGAAUACAGAUUUAGCAACUCUUCCCUGUUGAGUAGGUACCAUCAAACACGGUGUAUCCUGUCAGAUUAGCAUUUCCGUCAGCCUCUCUGGACCAGAGGGGUUUUUGCCAGAGUCUAAGCAGCAGCGUCAGCAUGGCUGAAGCCGCGAAAACCAACCUGACCAUCAGCGAGAUCUGGGACACGUACGGCGACUAUGGCCCCGACAUCGUCUCCAUAAACGGGAAGAGCGAGGACAACUGCAGCUACAAGAUCAGCGAAGACUACCUGGCCUACAACCGGGGGGACUCCCUCGCGGCCAGCAUCUUCGUGGGCACCAUCUACGUCGCGACGAUCGUGACCUGCGGCAUCGGCAACAUCCUGCUCAUGGCCACCAUCGUCAUGUACAAGAAGAUGCGGACGGUGACCAACGCCCUGAUCGCGAACCUCGCCUUCUCGGACUUCAUCGUGUCCGUGGUGUGCGUCCCCUUCAUCAUCGACUAUUACGUGGUCCGCGCCGAGAGGCCCUGGUUCUACGGAGACACCAUCUGCGCCGUCAUCAACUACCUGCGGAUGGCGUCUCUCUACGUCUCCACCAACUCGCUGCUGCUCAUCGCCGUACACAGGUACAGGACGAUGUUCACUCAUCUGCCGAACCAAGACACCAGCGGGUCUCGGAAGUUCCUGGUGGUGCAGAUCCUGCUGGUGUGGCUGGUGUCCCUCCUGCUGGCCGUGCCCGUCGCCGUCUACUCCCGAGCGUUCCCCUACACCACCACCGGAUCCAACUUCUGCGGACAGAUCUGGCCGACUCGACUGGAACCGAUGUACAAGGCAUACUACAUGCUGCUGUUCCUGCUGGAGUUCGUCCUGCCUGUGAUCAUCAUGUGCUUCUGCUACAUCCGCAUCGCCCUGCACAUCUGGUACCGCCCGCAGACGGGCCAGGCAGGGCACCUGCCGCCGGAGAGACAGCAUCACCGGGAGAAGGUCAUCCAACUGCUCAUCGUCACCCUGCUGUGCUUCAUCGUCUGCUGGCUGCCUUACCACGUCUACGCCAUCGUCCGCGACUUCGCCCCGCACCUCCUCCUGGUCUCCCGCUACAACACCACCCUGUUCUUCAUCGUGGAGGCUCUGGGCAUGGCGCAGGGGAUGGUCAACACCAUCAUCUACAUCGGCAUGAACAGCGCCGUCCGCCAGCACAUGAAGCAGCUCUUCAUCGACCUGAAGAACCGCCGCAUCACGAACAACCCUCACAGCGGUCCGCAUUGACUCGUACGGCACAUCGUGACAUUUGCAAUCCUAGUCCUCUGCCAGAAGGCAUGGCAGAUGUGGAACAUGCCGACGUGAGAGCCUCGACGCGAACUUUCAACUUGGAAUGAAUCAGAGCUGUAAAAAUACUGGAAGAAAAGAAAGUAUUCUU